AUGGGAGACUGUAACGCUCCGCGUUUCCAUAAUUUUCCAUAUGUAGAAACCAUUGUGCAUAUUCCUAUUUUCGGAAACUUUGUAUUCUAUUUAGUUACUCGGGUCGAGUCUGGUUCGUGUUUCGACUCAGUUUGGUUUAGAUCUUGGCUCAGCUUAGCUCCGAUUCAGUUUUGGUUCUCGGUUUGUUUCGACUCACGCAGUUCGGUUCAGAUUCGGAUCGAUUUGGUUCAGAUCCGGUUCAGUCGAGUUCAAUCGGUUCGGUUCGAUGCCCGGGUCAAACCUGGUCAAACUUGGUCAACUGAGGUCUCGAUGCACUCGGGUGACCUCGGUGUUCCACCCUCCAAAUCUUUUACGCUCGUCAACACUUGGAUAAUCGGAAGACUUAGCAAUUAUGUUGACAGUCAAGAUGUUGAAGAAUCAAGUUAGGAUGGACUAGAUACCCA